GCGUGCCGGCAGCGCCCGGAAUGGGACGGUUGCGAGGCGGUCGGUUCCAAGUGGGAGAGGGUGCGGGGGAGAAGCGGGCCUGUACUCGAAGACUGCAGCGCACUCUGCGCGCGAGGACUGGAAUUACGGCCGCAGCUGCUGGGAGUGACCCGGCCCAGCGGGACGGCGGGGACUGACCUGUGCCUAGAGCCCAUCCUAGCACGCGGGGUCUGCCGCGAAUCCCUGGCGUCCCCUCCGGCGCAGUCUUGGAGCCACUUUCCCGAGCGGAAGUCCGCCUGUGUCUCGGGCCUUGGUAGGAUCUGCUAGGAGGAAUGGCGCCGCCGGGUUCAAGCACUGUCUUCCUGUUGGCCCUGACAAUCAUAGCCAGCGUCCAUGCUCUGACGCCCACUCACUACCUCACUAGGCAUGAUGUGGAGAGACUGAAAGCCUCGCUGGAUCGCCCUUUCACAAGUUUGGAAUCUGCUUUCUACUCCAUCGUGGGACUCAGCAGCCUUGGUGCCCAGGUGCCAGAUGUAAAGCAAGCAUGCACCUUCAUUAAAUCAAACCUUGAUCCAAGCAACGUGGAUUCCCUUUUCUAUGCUGCCCAGUCCAGCCAGGCCCUCUCAGGGUGUGAGAUCUCUGUUUCAAAUGAGACCAAAGAUCUGCUUCUGGCAGCUGUCAGUGAAGACUCCUCCGUGGCCCAGAUCUACCACGCAGUUGCAGCCCUAAGUGGCUUUGGCCUUCCUCUGGCUUCCCAAGAAGUGCUCGGUGCCCUUACCUCUCGCCUCAGCAAGGAGGAGACCGUGCUCGCAACAGUCCAGGCUCUACAGACGGCAUCCUACCUGUCCCAGCAGGCUGACCUGAGAAGCAUUGUGGAGGAGAUUGAGGACCUUGUUGCUCGCCUGGAUGAACUGGGAGGUGUGUAUCUUCAGUUUGAAGAGGGACUGGAAACAACGGCAUUGUUUUUGGCUGCCACCUACAAGCUCAUGGACCACGUGGGCACCGAGCCAUCCAUUAAGGAGGAUCAGGUCAUCCAGCUAAUGAAUGCCAUCUUCAGCAAGAAGAACUUUGAGUCACUCUCAGAAGCCUUCAGUGUGGCCUCUGCUGCCGCUGCACUCUCCCAGAAUCGCUUCCAUGUACCUGUUGUGGUUGUGCCUGAGGGCUCUCCUUCCUACACUCAGGAACAGGCUGUCCUACGGUUGCAGGUCACCAAUGUUCUGUCCCAGCCUCUGACUCAGGCCACUGUUAAACUAGAACACGCUAAAUCCGUUGCCUCCAGAGCCACAGUCCUCCAGAAGACAUCGUUCACCCCUGUGGGGGAUGUUUUUGAGCUAAACUUUGUGAAUGUCAAAUUUUCCAGUGGCUAUUACGACUUCUCUGUCAAAGUUGAAGGUGACAACCGUUAUAUUGCAAAUACUGUAGAGCUUAGAGUCAAGAUUUCCACUGAAGUUGGCAUCACAAAUGUCGAUCUCUCCACUGUGGAUAAGGAUCAGAGCAUUGCACCCAAAACCACGCGGGUGACCUACCCAGCCAAGGCCAAGGGCACAUUCAUCGCAGACAGCCACCAGAACUUUGCUUUAUUCUUCCAGCUGGUAGAUGUGAACACUGGUGCUGAACUCACCCCUCACCAGACAUUUGUCCGACUCCAUAACCAGAAGACUGGCCAGGAGGUGGUAUUUGUUGCGGAGCCGGACAGCAAGAACGUGUACAAGUUUGAACUGGAUACCUCUGAGAGAAAGCUCGAAUUUGACUCUGCGUCCGGCACCUACACUCUCUACCUGAUCAUCGGAGAUGCUACUUUGAAGAACCCAAUCCUGUGGAAUGUGGCUGAUGUGGUCAUCAGGUUCCCUGAAGAAGAUGCUCCGUCGACUGUCCUGUCCAAGAACCUUUUCACCCCCAAACAGGAAAUUCAGCACCUGUUCCGCGAGCCAGAGAAGAGGCCCCCCACGGUGGUGUCCAAUACAUUCACCGCCCUGAUCCUCUCGCCCUUGCUCCUGCUCUUUGCUCUGUGGAUCCGGAUUGGUGCCAAUGUCUCCAACUUCACUUUUGCUCCUAGCACGAUUAUCUUUCACCUGGGACAUGCUGCUAUGCUGGGGCUCAUGUAUGUCUACUGGACGCAACUCAACAUGUUCCAGACCCUGAAGUACCUGGCCAUCUUGGGCAGUGUGACGUUUCUGGCUGGCAAUCGCAUGCUGGCCCAGCAGGCAAUCAAGAGGAUCGCUGCAGAGCAGAGCAGUAGAUUGGCAAAAUAUAGGACACUACGGUAAAGAUGAAGGGCGACUCAUCCCAGGAGCAGGGCCCCUUCCAUCUUGCCCACCUCAUGCAUGUCAGUUAUUUAUCUGAUUUUCAGCACACUUGUUCCUCCCCAUCCCUCCCUAAGCCGAAGCUGAAUUCUGAGGCCAUUUCCCCACUUCCUGGACCAAGCUGUAACUGGACCAGGGCAAAAGCCAAAGCCCCCUGAGUUAGCCCAGCUGAUGGUAACUGCAGCAGAGCAGCUCUGACCUGGCUUUGACUGUAAGGCUCCAUCCUCCCGUGUGCCCCACAGGGUACUUUAUAGACACAGCCCCUCUCUGUGUUCAGAGAACAGAGUUGAGGAUAGACAGAUUCAACCUUGGACUUCUUAAAAGGGGACACCCCCCCCCAUUCAGGACAUCUAAAUUCAUUAAAUGAUGGUCCCAUGGCAAAUCCUGGCACACCUUGUCACUGUUCUAGGCCUUUUUGUAAUAUUAACCUCUGAUUGGGCCAAACAGUGUGGUUUGGUGAGACACUAAAUUUUGAAGACUGAUGGCCACAGAUCAAAGCCAGCAUCAUCAAAACCCAGGUUCCUAGAGCUCAGGAUAUAUGGUUCAGGGCAGCUCCCUGUGUGACUAAAAUGUCAAGUGAAAUAUCACCCGUUCUCCACUGUGUCCAGUCCUAGGAUGAGGGUGGGAGUGCAGGAAGGUGAAGGGAGGGAAGGAGAAGAGAGUGUGUGAUGCUUCACUGAUCAGCUCCUUUAGACCAAGGAUUGGCAGAAGUUUUCUAGAAAGAGCCAGAUAGUACUUAGGCUUUGCAGGCCAUACGGUCUCUGUUACAACUACUCAGCUCUGCCACUAUAAUGUGAGAGCAGCCAUAGACCACGUAAACAAACCCGCUGGCCAUGUUCCAGUGAAACUUCGUUUACAGAAGCAGGUGGUGGGCUGCAUCUGGCCUGCGGGGCACAGUUUGUUGACCCCUGUACUAGACCAACAAAGAGGAGGGAGGUAGUUGAGUUUUCAAGUCAUGUUCCCUCUCGUCCUUUGCCAUGGAAAUGGCUUUCCCUGCCAAAGCAACAAAGCCGUCUAAUUUUCACUCCUCUGAAAAUAGGAGAAAUCAACAAAAGCAUAGAAUGUAGAGCCUUUUUCACUGAUGUGUGAACAUAAGCUGGAACAUCUAGUUCUCAACACAGGCUUGCUCAGAGACGACUUGCUCAGAAAGCGACUACAUUUGUUUUGGUUUUGUUUUUUCAGGAUUAAUUCAUAUACAGUAAAAUUCACCCUUGUUAGUGUACAAUUCUGUGAAUCUUGAAAGAUGUAGUAGACAGUCUUGUAAACACUACCUCAGCCAAGGUACAAACUUAUUUCCACACUCCAAUGAGCUCCUAUGUCUCUUUGUGGUCUGUCCCUUCUCCCUACCCGCCAUUCCUUAGCCUUAUCCAUUUGGUUUUGUCCUGAAUUACAGUUGCUCUCGCUGAGAUUUGUUUUCAGAACUAGUCCUUUCUGCUAAGUAUUGAGCUCUUUAAUUCUUUAAAACUAACUGGAUUCGUUUUGUUUUUCUUGAUUUUUAGAUAGUCUGCCCCCCCCC